AUGAACAAAAAGAGGACACAGUUCAUGAAGAACGCCUACUGCGAGGAUGGAGGAGUACAACUUGACGGCUCUCAAAUCGUGAGUGUCCCUUCUUCGCGACCCAGCGGAAUAUAUAUCGAUAGCAAAGCACAGAUGGGCCGGUCACAUUAUGAAAGAAGAAUCGACGAUGGAUGCACUAAAAGCACGGUAGAAUGGUUCCCAAGAGAUGCUAGACGGCUUCGAGGGAGACCGCCAACGAGAUGGGGUGACAUGUUCGCUACACGGAUGGACCAGCUGAGAGCCUAG